AUGUCUCAACCGUACGGAACUCCGCUAGUUGGCCAAGAUCAAGGCUACUCAUCACCUGGCAAUUUCCAUGGUCAUCCCCAAUCCGGCCAGCGUGGCACCGGAACUCCAGUUGGCCAAGCUCAAGAGUACUCACCACCCGCAAAUUACCAUGGUCAACCCCAAUCCGGCCAGCGCAGUACAAAUUAUUCAACCCCGACUGAGAUCUACCCAAUGGGAACCUCGCCUGGGGCCUGGAUGCAUCCUCACUUGUCAGCUGGAGCUGCUGGACGGACCCCGAUGGCGCACCCGGUUCAUGGGGCCCUCCCUCAAGCCUCCGAUUGCUCUCAUGGUCACAGUGCCUCACCCCGUGACUUCCAAUCCUUGCAAUCGGCCGGAAGAUUCUCUUCUUCCACCCCUGACUCUCAUGCCAUCUACUCGGGUCAGAUUGGGCCGCGCGGCCCCCACCCUAAUCUAUUGUUCCUUGAAGCCCCAUCCGAGCAUCCUGCUUCCCGCAUCCAAGAGUCGUCGCAACACCAUCAUCCACAGAGCUUCCAGUACACCUACACUUCUCCACUCGCUGGGGUUCCUCAACCUUCCAAACCGGCCCCAACAAAAGCGGGCACCCCGUAA